AUGGCGCACCACUUUAACCGAGCUCAUCUUGAUCCUUCAACUAAGUAUGUUCGAAAUAAAAAAAAUUAGUAGUUUUCUAAUUUCUCGUUCCAGACUCAAUUUAUCACUUUGCUCAAGAAAAACUUAUAAUGAAAUGGUCGGAAGAAUGGAAUAUUUUGGAACACUUGUUUUGAAGUAUAUUCAAUUGGAUUAUAAUUUCUAUGAAAUUGAAAUGUCUUAUGAAAAUAAUGAAGAUUGUGAUAGCUAUAUUCGGUUUGUAGACUAUUCAGAAGAACGCGAGAAGAGGUAUAACGAAGAGGAAGACAGAUAUGAAAGUGAUUCUGAGUCUGAAUCUGAAUCUGAUAUUUUUAAUGAUUCUGAAUCCGAUGAAGAAUCUAAUGGUGCAUUGUGGAAAAGAAGAAAAAUUCAAAAGCAGACAAAAGUUUCAAGGUAAAAAUGUCACUAAUAUAUUUAAUUAAUACGAAAUGAAUGUUCAGUAAUGACAAUGUUGUGGGUUGGCAAGUAAAAAGGAAUCCAAUAAUUGAAGAUGGUGAUAUGGCAACGGUUGCAUCUAAUUAUUUCAAAAGAAUCCUUGCCAAACAUUAUUGGCAUAUUCAAGCUAUUAAGGUCGAUGUUGCAAAUAUUGAUUUAUUCGAUAUGAAAAUUGAGAGAUUGCCAUAUUUGGACGAUUUGAAUGUUAGUAAUAUGGUCGCAUUUUGUUAUUUUAUUACAAGAACUUCGAAAAAUCUGAAAAGUUUAACCUUAAAUUCUGGUCAAGACAAAUGGUUGCAAACAUCUAUGAGGAGCGUGAUGUCCUUUCAACAGGUAAUAUGAAUUGAAUUGAUUUGUAAAUAAAAUUUUUCUAAGAUUUACGAGGUAUCCGAUUGGUUCCAUGUAUCAUUUGGUGAGCUUCUUUAUGAGGAGCUUAGCCGUCUGAAUGCAGAGAUGGUUGUGAUUCAUUUCCAGAAAUCCAUGAUUUCUGAAAAAAUCAACCAAUAUAUUCAUUCUUGGAAAAAUGGCAAAAUCAAAAACAAUAUGAAGUUCAUGGUUUUAGAGUCGCCACGGAAUUUAGAGCUGGAAAAAGUGUUGAAUGGUGUCGAAAACAUUGAAUUAGACUCAAAAGUCUAUCAUUUAAAGUAACCAUUUAUGAAGUUAAACAUUUUUUAUACAUUUGUAUCAAUUUUCAGAUACAAUACGCUUGAAAAUACACAAGUUUUUCGAACAAUCAAUAAUGUUGAUGAAAAUAGUUAUAUGGAUAUUGUAUAUUCCAACAACGAUUUUGUUCUCGCUGUGAAUAAUGAAAAAUCGAAUUUACGAACUAAGGAAGAAAAACCAAGCCAUGCUUGUGAUAUUAAGAGACGUUUUUUGUAAGAAGAAAAAUCCUGUGGUACAAAAAAUUUUCAAAUUUGCUAAUUUUUGGCUGGUUGGUAGCCCCUUAGCUAUAGAACAUAUUCCCGGAGUAAAAUAACAAAAAAAUGUUUUUGGUGGAUGGUGGACACCAAUGUAUGUCAAAACUUCAAUAAAUCAUUACUUUACUCUCCGUGAAUAAUUUUUCGAUGUAUAAACGUCAUUUUGCUCAGAAUUUGAAGGGCUUCAAUUUAGAAAUACAAAAGAAAAAAAUUCGACUUACCCUAACUUUUGAAAAUUGAACAAAAUUUUCAAAGUCAAAAAUCGAUAUUAGGGGGACUUUGUUGCUCGCUAAAUUUGGAUUUAUCGGAUUCCUCGUCCCUUUUUACGUACCCUCCAAUCAUAAAAUCAAAAUUAACCCUCCCGCCUCAUGGGUGCCCAGAUCACUUUUUGCUCCCCACUCGCGUUUUUUCCCGAAUUUUUUGGGUGGAUUACUAUCUGGCAGACUUUUUGCGCCCGUCAUGACGGUCGGUGAACACAACAUUUUUUUAUUUUUGCUAAUUUGAGUUUCUAAACAUUUUUUCAUCAUUUAAAAUGUAUAUUAUCACAAUUUAUUCUUCACCCACUCAUGUUGUCGCCAAUGGUGACACCAAAUAUUGAACCAUCACCAAUUUGUUCGAAACUUGGUGUAUUCAUGUAAUUGAACAUUUUAAACAACAUCCUAUAUUUUAUUUCUGAUAAAAGUGGCCCUCAGACCAAAUCUUUCUCGAAAAACUUCGAAUGAGCGAUAAACUUCUCGAAUUGCGUGAAACAACGUAGCAGAAUAUGGAAUAGUCAGAAAUUCGAUUGUAACAAAACUUUUAUCAAAAUGAAAAUAUAGGAUGUUGUUUAAAAUGUUCAAUUACACCAAGUUUCGAACAAAUUGGUGAUGGUUCAAUAUUUGGUGUCACCAUUGGCGACAACAUGAGUGGGUGAAGAAUAAAUUGUGAUAAUAUACAUUUUAAAUGAUGAAAAAAUGUUUAGAAACUCAAAUUAGCAAAAAUAAAAAAAUGUUGUGUUCACCGACCGUCGUGACGGGCGCAAAAAGUCUGCCAGAUAGUAAUCCACCCAAAAAAUUCGGGAAAAAACGCGAGUGGGGAGCAAAAAGUGAUCUGGGCACCCAUGAGGCGGGAGGGUUAAUUUUGAUUUUAUGAUUGGAGGGUACGUAAAAAGGGACGAGGAAUCCGAUAAAUCCAAAUUCAGCGAGCAACAAAGUCCCCCUAAUAUCGAUUUUUGACUUUGAAAAUUUUGUUCAAUUUUCAAAAGUUAGGGUAAGUCGAAUUUUUUUCUUUUGUAUUUCUAAAAUGAAGCCCUUCAAAUUCUGAGCAGAAUGACGUUUAUACAUCGAAAAAUUAUUCACGGAGAGUAAAGUAAUGAUUUAUUGAAGUUUUGACAUACAUUGGUGUCCACCAUCCACCAAAAACAUUUUUUUGUUAUUUUACUCCGGGAAUAUGUUCUAUAGCUAAGGGGCUACCAACCAGCCAAAAAUUAGCAAAUUUGAAAAUUUUUUGUACCACGCAUACUAUAGGAAUUCACAUUUUUAUAAAUAAUGUCUCUUAAUUUUUGUUGUCAAAAAAAGUUGUUGGAAAAAUGAAUUUGUUAACUUUUGCUGAUUAUUUGAAUAUCUGUAAUUUUCUGGUUUACCAUAUCCAGUAAAAAUAUUUGUUUAGAAAAAAAAUUUCCUAAUUAAGAAUAUUUUUCAGAAUGAGUGAGGAAGGAUCGAAAACCGACGAUUGGAAUAAAAUUCCGAAACUUGUUAGAAAAAAAGAUUUUCAAUUAUUUGGAUCCAGUUUCAAAGUGAGUUGUUGAUUUUUUCUUCAAAAAAAAAAAUUGAAAUCACAGAUGAAAUCUCUCAUUGUGCUCAAGAAGAACAUGGAAUAA